AUGUCGAAGACCCCAAACCCCACAAAAACUGGUAGCAAAAAAACAUUGCCUUCAGAAGCAUCCCCAGAUCCAGCACCCAAGCCAGAGAGUAGUAAGCUUUCCAGCUCUCUUCUCACAGUGGAAAAUGUCAAAAAACAUCAGGAGGAGGCCCCUGUGGCUAAAUCGGAUCUUGCUCAGUGGUCAAUAGAAACAUAUAUUGAAGAAAGUAACCGCUUUUUGAAUGAGAGUGGCACCAAGACGGAGGGGAGCAGGGAGCAGGCGGUAUCAAAUGAAGAGGAAUCAAGAGUUCUUCGUGAAGGUUACCCAGAAAACGCUGAUCAAACUUUAGGAAAAGAUUUCCAGACAAGACCUCUGUCAGCUCCAGUUCCUGAAAUUCAGCCACCCAAAAAACGGGAAGUUGCUGAUUUGGAGACUCAGACUGAAUGGAGCUACUCGGUCAGCUCUGAAGACUCCAGUGAGCUGAAAAUAGAGACGAAGGAGCAGAGAAGUACAGACGGAAAAGACAAAAGUGAGACCACAGAAGGCACAGAAAUAUUGCAUCAUGCAGGAGAGGAAGGAACAUCUGAGACCGAGCUGGAGACUGGUAUGCUAUGUUCUACGAGUAGUUCUCGACUUACGGCCACAAUUGAGCCCAAAGUAUCCCAUCCGGUCAGUGAUCUGUGCCUGAUGGGUCGCUGUGAGUUUUGCACCUCCCUCCUGAAGCCUUUACCGUCCCCAGAGGAACUGGAGGAGAAACCAGAGAAGAUGGAGCACUUUCUGUGUUGCAGGACCUACAAAGAGGUUUUCCAGUGUGUGAUACAGGAGCUGAUGGAGAGGCCAGGCAGCGAAAUCGACAUCCGUCCUCAUGCCCGACUGUCCCUUACAACGAUGGAGAACAACACUAAAAGGAUGAUAAUAGAAGAGUUACAGGAGCGAGGCUUUGAGCGAUACAGAGAGAUAUUUAUGCAAUACAUAAGAUUUGGCCCAUGCAUUAAAAUUCAUUUCAAAUUAUCAGACUACCCACCCAAACCAGAAACUACAAUCCUAAAGAAACGGUAUCCAGAACCCAAAGAGCUACUGGAGAUUGACUUGGAAUUCAAAGCUGAGCAAUUAAAGCUUUGCCACCCUUUCGAGCCUGUGAAAAGAUACUAUCACGAUGGAAAUAUAUUCUUCCUUCUUUUUCCGGAUGGAACGGGCCAAGUCUAUUACCCGUCAGGCCGCCUUGCCCUCCUCAUUACUUACGUGAGGGAGACCCAGUUCACCUACAGCAUCCUCGGGGACAGAAAGGACCAGGAACUUCUGGCCUUCUUCACCAACCAGGGCCACGCAGCGCACUACCAGCACAAAGAAAAGCUCAGGUUGCACCUGGACCUUUGCAACGGUUCCGUCUUUGACAAGAAAGGACAGCGGCAGAAGUUCUGGAACUGGUGGGGCACCGAGGGCCACGUUCACGCACCUCCUUUCCAGCCCAUCUGUCUUCAACUCAACGUUUAUAUCCAGGUUAAAAUUAAAGCCCAGGAUCAGGUUUUCUUCACAUUUACAAAGCUUCAUGAUUGUCUCCACCUCAACGUUGGCGCGCGGCUGAAAUUGAAGGAUCCAGACAUGCUUUGGGUCCUUCAGCAAUAUGGAACCAGGAAGCACCUGGUAAGUCCUUCCAUGCUGGAGAAGAUCAGCAGAAUCUUGACCAACGUGAAGAACGUAUUAAAGAACCUGGACUCUGAUUCCUCAAAAGAAGCUGCUGACCUGCAUCAGGUAUUGAAGGUGUACGAAAGAAUGCACCAAAGACACAACAAGAAGUAG